CGCGCGCGCGCGGGCGACCGCGCCGACGUGCAUCCCUUCGCAGCGCGUACGGUACGGUGUGUGAGGAGGGCGUCGGAACGGGCUGGAUCGCGCAGCGGAAUUUACCCGGCGGUCGGUACCGCGGUGCUUGGAGCUGCACGCGCUGGAGACGCUGGAAGGACGGAGGGCAUCAAGGAUCCGCCGCAGCGAGCGCAGCAGGACUGAGUCAGAGUGGACGCCGCGCCUCUUCUCCUUCUUCACUGACACGUGGACGUGAUGAGCGCGCGAUGGAGCGCCUCUGUCCGGCACCCGUGCCUCCGUCCCCCCGCGUGCGGCGGGGACAAGCGGUGCGUGGAACCCGAGUCCGAGCGCGCGGCGUUCAGCGAGUCGUCGGCCGACACCGCGGCUUACCUGGCGCACCCGCCGGCGGCGGCGGCGUCCCCCGUGACUCGCGUGGCCCCCCAGGGUCUGUCCCGCAUCUGCCACUUCUUGCUCGCGCCCAUGGCGGGCAGGUGCGGGACGCACAGCGCGCUCCACGUCGUCACGGGGGACGAGUUCGUGUGUAAGGUCUUCAACAUGAGCCACUACCAGGAGAAGAUGCGAACUCACAGCAUCCUGCCUGCGCAUAGAAAUAUUGCCCAGAUCAAGGACAUCAUCCUGGGAGACCAGAAGGCCUACGUGUUCUUCGACAAGGACUUCGGCGACAUGCACACGUUCGUCAAAGGCUGCCGGAAGCUGAGUGAAGAGCGGGCCUCCCGUCUCUUCUACCAAGUCGUCUCGGCCAUCGCCCACUGCCACCAAGCCGGCAUCGUUCUGGGAGACCUCAAGCUCAGGAAGUUCGUCUUCUCCGAUGAGAAACGGACCCACCUGCGGCUCGAGAGCCUGGAAGACGCCCACGUCCUAGAGGGCGACAGCGACUCUAUGUCCGAGAAGCACGGCUGCCCCGCCUACGUCAGCCCCGAGAUCCUCAGCCGCUCCGGCUCGUACUCGGGCAAGUGUGCCGACAUGUGGAGCCUGGGCGUCAUGCUGUACACGCUGCUGGUGGGUCGCUACCCAUUCCAUGACGCCGACCCCGGAGCGCUCUUCUCCAAGAUUCGACGGGGUCACUACUGCCUCCCCGAGAGCCUGUCGCCCAGAGCGCGAUGCCUGCUGCGCAGCCUGCUGCGAAGGGAUCCCGAGGAGCGGCUCACUGCCGCCGAGGUGCUCGUGCACCCCUGGUUCCGCGAUGCCCACGAAGCAGGCGGCGCGGAGCAGGAAACGAAUGUAGCCGACCAGACUGUGCCCACGUUCAGCCCGGAGCCAGACGAGCUCCUCUUCUGCUGAACGGGUUCUCGGACUCUUCUCAUGAACUUUGAGCUUAGGUAAACUAAACGAUACUGUACAUAUUCUACACGUCGUAACUGUUUUACCAAAACAAAAGUACUGUAUUAUCCUCACUAUGCAUAUGGCAUUGCGCAGAGAGGACAGACAGAGGAAGGUCUGAAUAGUUUUUGUUUCCACAUUUUGUUUCCAUUUGCUUCAGCAGAUGUUUCUCCAUGUGACUUACGGGGCUCUUGUUAGACCAAAUUGCGCUGUUGGUUUGCGUGCGAGUUCUCGCUCCCUUCCCCAGAUGAUCGUUGGACUGGCGAAACGUGAGACCGAAAUGCACCGCGGUCUCGAACAUAGACAAACUGGUGAGAAAUCACCCUAAGCGACACGCGCUGAACCACAAAUAAAAGGAGAGGGAUUUAUAUCUCUCUGUUGUAAAGCACUCCCAAAACCACAAGUGACUCACACUCUUGUGAAUCUAACUGCUUCGGGGCAAAGCGAAAGCCACAGGGUCCGUCAACGCGCCGCACAAACUGUCCAUCGUGGUGGCGGGCGGGGGCCGAGCAGCUGGGUUCCAGUUUCCGCGGGGGGGGGGGGUCUGUUACAGUGAGCCGGAACCGCGGUACAACCCGCGUCCGCUCAACCGUCCGCCGAAACAUCAGGUACCGUAGCUUCGAAGGGAACGUGCUCCACGAGCAGUCCUGGCUCGAGCGAAUCUUCCUGCGCGGCUUGGUCGCCCACCGCGGCUAAAGCCUUGUCCCUCACUAAAUGUGUCUCCGGGAAGAUCUUCACCCCUUUUCCCAUAUUUAUUCCUUGAUAUGACUGUAUACUUCCCCAAACACUACUCUGGUGUUAUUGUUACCCACUUCAGCAGAAAAAUGCAACCCAAGUCAAGAGGAGGAGUGCGGAUGCUGAAGGUCUGACUCAGCGGCGGUAUGUCAGAAUAGGGUGCAGCAGAGACCUCACACAUUGCAGGUGGAUCUACUCUGGGUUCCUGACUGGAACCUAGCGAAGGUUUUCAAGGACGCUUUCGUAACGCUCUAUCUCUUGUUUCCGUCUUCCUUGUUUAUUUUUUUUUUUUUUUUUUUUUAAUGUCGACAACUUGCCACUUCCCCUCUAACAGUGCCAACAAAUCGUGCCGACCGCGUGAGUCCAUUCAUGAGCGAGUGAUUGAAUGCGACGGGAACGUUUGCGCGUGGAGCGGGUGUUCGGAGUUCUUAGUGGUCCAUGACACGCCGUAUUGUGACGCAACCUCAAAGCCAGGACACGGCAAGUCGAAAGUCGCCCUGAACAAGCAAAACUUGCAUCGUGGUGGGGGGGGGUGUAAAUAUGUACAUUUUUAAGUAUGCAGAUGAACAGAAUAAAAACUGCUUUAUAACACCGACGUAGCGUCUCUGCUUUUUCUUGUUCGUUUUUCUUUUUUUUUUUUUUGGACAUAACGCGCAUGCGAGCUUGCGGAGCCGCCGCCAAGCCGCACCGGCUGCUUCGAAAAGAGAGAACGCGUCGCGUCUGGCUCAUC